CGGUGCGCGGACAGACAGACGUGUCGGGAGCGCAGCACUGCCCGCAGCCCAGCAGCCCGGGCCGCGCCCGCCCGCCGCCCGCCAUGGUGUCGUGGAUCAUCUCCAGGCUGGUGGUGCUUAUAUUUGGCACCCUCUAUCCCGCAUAUUAUUCCUACAAGGCUGUGAAGUCCAAGGACAUUAAAGAAUAUGUCAAAUGGAUGAUGUACUGGAUUAUAUUUGCCCUCUUCACCACAGCAGACUUCACAGACAUCUUCCUUUGCUGCUUCCCAGGGAAAGGCAGGAUUGUCUUCAUCCCUGGAACACAGGAAAUCGAUGACUGCCUGGUCCAAGCAAAAGAUCGAAGUUAUGACGCCCUUGUGCACUUCGGGAAGCGAGGCUUGAAUGUGGCGGCCACAGCAGCUGUGAUGGCUGCUUCCAAGGGACAGGGUGCCUUGUCGGAGAGACUACGGAGCUUCAGCAUGCAGGACCUCACCACUAUCCGGGGUGAUGGUGCCCCUGCUCCCUCCGGCCCCCCUCCACCAGGGACGGGGCGGUCCAGCGGCAAACACGGCCAGCCCAAGAUGUCCAGGAGUGCUUCCGAGAGCGCGGGCAGCUCAGUGUGUACCUGCUGCUCCCGCUGCAGGACCCGGAAAGUGGUUGAGGGAGAUGUGAAUGAGGGUGGUGUGAAGUCAUGGGAGCCCCGCCAGGUCCAAAGCCCACUGGCGUUUUCUGACGAGGAGGAGGAGGACCUGUUGGAGUUCAUGUACAAGUAUAAGGCACCGAGGAGGACGGAGUUGCCCCUGGAGGCACCGCCUAGAACCCUUCGAUCCCGCUUCAGGAAGAAAAGUACCUCAUCCCCGGCCACUGAAACCACAUGUGUCAAAAUACGCAAGACCCUCACAUAACCACCGGAAGGCAGGAUCUGGGGAGGACUGAGGCUGAGCUCCACAGGCAGCUGUGGCUCUUGCUUCCUUCUGGCUUAUGUGGAAGAUGCACGGGAUGGACUGACACUCAUACUCACUCCAUGUCUUCGUGGAUGUUUUAUGCAAGCCAGGACUGCGCUGAGAACUUCGACAAGUGUCUGACUUAGAUAACAUUGUGGUCUAGGGAGCUGCCCUCCCCUCGGAGAGCUGAGCCCAGUUGUAGGGCUAGUCCAUUUGUGCUUAGAGUUGGUGUUUCCUUUCCAUGUGAUGCAUGCAGUGGUCACAACCCAGUUACUCCUAUUUGGAUUGCGUUUGUUCACAGCUAUGCCCUGAAGACUAGAGAAGUAGUGCUGUAUACCACACAGAACUGCCAAUAACUGCAGACAGGAUCAGUUACCCACUGCUCCGUUCCUGAGCUACGCAACCACGCACUGGAGCCUGCCAGGCUACAGUAGCCGGACCUCGGCCACUUCACAGAGGGUUCUAGGGGAAGUCAUUGCUGCCAGACACACCUAGGGAAAUUCUACAAAAGUGACUCUGUAUUUUAGAACUAACCCCAGGGAACUAACCCAAAAGCUGGCGACUGGGAGGACAAGUAGUCUGCCUGUGGCCCACACCCAUCUGAACCCGUUAAGAAAAACAUCUGUCCUCUUCAAGCUCACCCGACGGCUCCAGACAGGCGAAAUGAUACCCUGUAAAAUGUAGAAACCUGUCGACCGGGUGUAUCUGGGAGGAAGAGAAACAGAGGCAGAGAAGCCCGAGAGAAGCAGCUUUGCAAUGUCCCCCGCCCCCAUAAAUGGCUUUAGGAGCAUCGUUUAAGCCCUGUUGUUUUCACCAUUUACAGCGGAAGUUAGAACACGUCUAGGCUGUCGAGCUUGUGCCCAGCCAUGCCAAAACCGACUUUGAGGCACUCCUCUCAGACUGCUGUACUACUUCCUGUUCAAGAUUUAAGAUAUAAAGGUAUCUAAAUUGUCUUAUUGUAAAUGUAACUACUUUUCCUUCAAGUGUUGACUCGGGAGUUGUCUCCUCCCUUAAAGACACUCACGAUAGAGCUGAGCGCAGCUGUCGUUUCUUGAAAAACGUGUUUACUUUCCUGACAAGCUGUGCAUUUGUAUGUGGACUGACAUAUGAUGUGAAUGUCCCUGUCCGUGUAGUGGUGUGGUGCUGUCCAGUGAGAUAAAUGAAUGUUUCUAGUUUGCUGACUUAGACACGGGCUGUUUACAGAGUGCUAGCUCGAAGGUCUGCCCUUGUCUCAACUCUGAGUUACUCGCCUUGGAGCACAGGCCCCAUUUCUGAGGACAUGAGACGAAGUCUCCUGCUUGUCCAUUGGAGAUUUAGUCAACUCUCUCCUGACUUUGUGUGAAUAGCUUGCUCACUGUGCUGGCCUUUGAGAUGUGUGUUCUCCACGGUAAACUGUCCAUGUGUUUGUGUUAAGAGUGCUUGUCAACACAACCGUCGUGUAGCCUUGCCAGUUUUCACCUUGCACAGUAUUUGAAGUGUUGUUUGAAGUGGCGAAAGAUGUGCUUCAUCUUUGGACAGUGUCCGCUCAGCCGCUGAUGUUCUGGAUUGUGACUGUGCACACUUCCUCUAGUUUAUUUCUGAAGUCUCUCUAGAAUGAGCUAAAAUUAAAUAGUAUACUGGACUGUGUCUCUAAGGGAUGUAAACUGCAGUAUUCCAAAGGCUGAAACUCUGCUGUUUGGUUAUAAUGCCUGAUAAACAUCUUGAAUAAA